AUGACUCUGACAUUACUUCUUCCUCUAUGUUCUCUCUUCAUUACUCAUUUGUUCAUUUCAGGUGUUGUUUCAACAACUAUUACAAUAUCAAACAAGUGUAACUACAAAGUAUGGCCAGCCAUUUCCGAAAAUCCAGAUGCAAAAGAUCUCUCAACAACUGGUUUUUCCCUUGAAAAGGAGGAGUCAAAGAACAUAACAACCGCGGAUAACUGGUAUGGUCGAGUGUGGGGUCGCACAUAUUGCACUCAAGACGAUACAGGAAGAUUCUCCUGCAUCACAGGAGAUUGUAGCUCCGGCAAAAUACAAUGUCCAAACGGAUAUGGCUCGAUUCAUGUGACGUUGGGAGGGUUCUGGCUUGAUUAUUCUGGUGAACUUGAUCUUUUUUAUGUUAGUUUUCUUGAUGGCUACAACCUGCCUUUGCUUAUUUUGUCCAUUGAUCAAAGUCGCGAAAGCUCGGGAUGUGCGGUGGAUUUGAACAGCCUGUGUCCUAGUUCAGAACUUAUGGUUAAUGGUUCUGAUGGGAAGAUAGCAGGGUGCAGGAGCCCUUGUGCAGCCUUUGGAUCAUCACAAUAUUGCUGUAAUGGAACGCAUAAUACACCUGAUACUUGCAAGCCUUCUUCUUAUUUUCUAACUUUUAAGAAGUCGUGUCCACAAGCCUUUUCUUAUCCUCUUGAUGAUGAGAAUAGUUCCUCCUCUUUUGUAUCAAUGAAUUACCAUAUUACCUUCCGUCCAGGAAACGCAACAAAUUCUUCAGAAACUACUGAAUCGCCAGCACCAUCACCUGGGGAGAUAACACCAAGCCCUUCGUUACAAGAGAGAAUACCUAGCCCUUUGCCAGAAACAAGGCCUAAUACUACUCGAAGAAAUUUGGCACCAAUUAUAGCAGGAGUUACAGUUAGUGUAGAACUUUGCGUUGCAACCGAUGAUUUCAAGGAGAUACUUGGAAGAGGAGGCUUUGGAUCUGUAUUCAAAGGAAAAUUGGCAGAUGGAACAGAAAUUGCGUUGAAGAGGUUGGAGAGCUUAGGCCAAGGAAUGGGAGAUUGUUUAGCAGAAGCCGAGGCAAUUGGAAGUCUGAACCAUCUUAACUUGGUGAAGUUGAUUGGAUUUUGCGCAGAGAAAUCCUUUAGGCUUUUGGUCUUUGAUUAUUUGAGCAAUGGAUCGUUAGAUAAUUGGAUUUUUAUGAAUGUCCAAAGAUCUUUGCUUGAUUGGCAGACCAGGAAGAAGAUUAUACUCGACAUAGCAAAAGGGCUGGCUUAUCUUCACGAAGACUGUCGACAUACCAUAAUACAUCUUGAUGUAAAACCACAGAACAUUCUUUUGGAUUCGAAUUUCCAUGCCAAAAUGGCUGAUUUUGGGUUAUCCAAGCUAAUUGAUAGAGACAUAAGCCGAGCUCAAAUCCCAAUAAGAGGAACCCCUGUAUAUAUUGCUCCAGAAUUGUGUAUAUCAUCAGGUUGUGUAACUGUAAAGGUUGACAUAUGUAGCUUCGGAAUUGUUCUCCUCGAAAUAGUUUGUUCACGCCGAAAUGUCGAUGAAUCGCAACCAGAAUCGGCCUUUCGUUUGCUUAGAACGUUACAGAAGAAAGCCGAUCAAGAUAGAGCAAUAGACAUGGUGGAAACUUCAGAUGAAUACACGCAAAGUGAUCGAGACGAAAUACUCAGGAUGAUACAUCUUUCUGCUUGGUGUUUGCAAGAUGAACCUGAAAGAAGGCCUCUCAUGUCCAUUGUUUUGAAAUUGUUGGAAGGUGUAAUGGAGGUUGAUUCAAACAUCAAUUAUCAGUUUUCGCAUGCAUUGAUUUCUUCUUCUGUUGGUAACAACCAUGUUUCUUCAGCACCACCUCUAGCAUCUGUUCUUUCUCAUCCUUGA